AUGCCUAAAAAUCAAAAAAUUUUUGAAAGGACUAGAAUGACAUUUAACGAUUUAGUCGCAGGAAGGAAGAGGAGAAUUGACCGUGAUGAUGAAGAAGAUACCUCCCCAUCUCGACCAUCCCCACCAUCCCCACCAAAGAGAACGAAGAAUACAAUUGAGACUGUUAGCUCUCCAAUAAUUCUUGAUGAUGAAGAUAAAACCACCGAACUAUUGCAAAAAAUCAUUCAACAAAAUUCAGAAAUUAAUAAAAAAGUUGAUGAAUUAUUGGCGAGGCAAAAUGCUAUUGAGGAACGUAUUUAUCCAAGUAAAGAACAAUUUUAUAAUGCUACGGUUGAUUAUAUGUCUGAAAACCACGCUAUAUAUUUUGGACAAUUAAGCGAAGUCCGCUGGUCGGUUUUAUAUAAUAAAGAUAUAUCUCAACAGUUAAUGCACAAGCAUAGAAGUCUUCGGGGUGCAUUGACUUCUAGAACAAAAGAAGCUUUGUUUUCAGUAUUUGGAGAAAUUGAUCUACCUCCGAUAAGCACAAAUGCAACCCCAAGAGAAAUACAUUUGUGGAAAAAAUCGCCUUCUAUAAAGCAAUGUUACGAAAAAUUAGAGCAACAAAUUAACAAAGAUGGAGGUCCGAAUACGCCCACUUAUAUAUCCCGUAUCUUAGAAAAAGUGUGGCCAGAUUCAAGUUUAGCAUCGAAUAAACAAGUUGCAUACGCAGUUAGCGUAUGCCAUGUCAUAUUGGAUCCAACAAAUGAUAACAUUCAAAUAACGAAAUCAAUAAUAGAAAGUAAAAUGAAAAGGAAUUUGAAAAAUAUUUUAAAAAAAAGAGGAAUUAAAAGUGAUGAUGAAGACAGUGAUAAUGAUAGGGUUAGUAGAACUUCAGUUCAAUCUCAAUUUGAAUUAGUUGAAGUAACUGAAGAACUUGUUGGCACUAGUGCUUCUAGUGCACAUUAA